UUAUCGAUUCUAGGUUUAAAUAAAUGCCUUCAUUGCAUUUUAAGUGCUUUUAAAUGCCUUACCACGUUUGUGGCAACUUCCUUGGCCUUUGCAUGUUUCUCAGCAGCAGCUUUGGUUGCAAGGCGUAGGGAGUAUCUCUACCUUGGUGGCUUGCUUUCUUCUGGGUUGUCUAUUCUUAUGUGGUUGCAUUUUGCUUCCUCUGUCUUGCUUGCUGGUUUGCAGUUGUAUUUUGGGCUUUUGGUGUUUGUGGGUUAUGUUGUAGUAGACACCCAAGAAAUAAUUGAAAGGAGCCAAAAUGCUCCUAUACUACACUGAAAUUGGUGGUAAAUAUAUCGAGACUGAGCAUUCAAGCUCUACAUGUUUUCUUCCUCUUGAAGGAAGCUCUACAGGUUUUGAUAGUUUGAUG